AUGGCGGCCAAAGAAAGUACAAAAAGUACAAAAAGUUCCGAAGAUGGAGCGGCGCCUCAAGCUGGUUUCUAUGGAUUAGCUGAUCAUCCAAAUCACGGUAUCAUCUCAUCGAUUUUGAAGAGAAAAAAUAGAAAAUUCAAAAUGGCAGACGACGUGAGAAAGAUGUGCAAACAAGUGGAAGCCUACAAAACAAGUGCCGAUCGUCUCCAUCAAGCGCUCAUGACGAUGCUCGUCGAAUUUCCCGAAUAUGCGAGAGAUCUCGUUUUCGUGGUGAAAACGGAUCCAAACUAUCGUUAUGCUGCACUGUAUCUGAGAACUUUCGAGAGUAUUUUGAAUAAAGGAAGGGAUCGGACGACGUACGAAAGUUUGGAACCGGUGAUGAAGACGUUGCAAAGCUUAGAUUUGGAGCAUGAAAGACGAGUCAGGAAACAGUUGGACAACUUGAAGCCACUGAUGAAAUUUAUUGGAGAGGAUUAUUGGGAGUAUGCGAGACUUCGGAAAGUCUAUUGGGAGGCAAUGGAGAGCUAUGACGAUGCACUCACUCAACAACAUAAGGAACGAACGGAUCUGGCGGAGCAAGCAACUGCAAAUGCACAAACAUGGAAAAAUGAUUGUCGUCAGAAACUGAUGGAUUUCAUCAAAACGUGUAUAUUUGAUCGACAGGGAAAACAUGCAGAAUGCGUUCUGAAAUUUCGAGACGAAGCAGUCUUCUACCACCGAUCAAUGUCAGAGCUGAUCCCAUUCACCGAGAAACCAGAAAAGGGAGAAAGCAAAAGUGCAGAACGAGGGAAGACACCAAAAUAG